GUUUUGACGUAUCCCCGUACCCGUUUCCGCGUUUCCGCGUUUCCGCGUACCGGUAUCGGUGCUACAUAGGUUCUUAAUUAAAAUCACUAUUUAAAGACCAGAAAACUCAUUAUAACUUUGCCCUUCUGUUGUGGAGGUUGAGCAAUGCUUCAAGAAGUUAUAAUCAACAAGUGAAAUUUCUGAAAGAUUGGAUUGAAGUCCACCUCGAUGACGCACAGAAGACUCUUCAGAAACCUAUGCUCUUAGGCGAGUUUGGCAAGGAUGCGAAUGAACCCGAUUUCACCGUCGCAAAUAGGGACAAUUUCAUGAGGACCGCUUACGCCGCCGUAUACUCAUCCGCCAAGACCGGAGGUGCGGCGUCCGGCAGCUUGUUCUGGCAAAUGAUGGUCGAAGAUUUGCCUAAUUACCAGGACGGACUUUCGAUCAUCCUCAGCCAGAAUACCUCCACAAAUGACCUUAUAUAUCAAGAGUCACAGCGGCUUGCCGGUCUUCGUAAAAUGUAUGCCGGGCUUAAAAACACAGAGUGGAAGAAGAAGAAGACUAUGGGGGUGGCCGCUAGAGAAAUUCAUGGAAAUGGCAACAGCAAUUGAUGGAAGAAGGAGAAGAAAUUAAACUCAACUAAAACGAAUUCGACCACAUUAUACCAAUUAAAGAAACGUUACGUUACCAUGUGUUCUUAUUUUAAUUAUUC